AAGCCUUUUCUUUUGAUAUGAUUUUUUUCGCUAUUUUAUUGAAUUUUUUUUAAAAUAUCACCGAUCUCGUCAAUAUUUUUUUCUUUUUUCUCUAGCCUUUCAUGUUCUUCAUGGAGACUCCCUAUGUUGUCCGUAUCAGUUGGUGUUUUUGUUUUAAAUUGUCUCUUUUGUAAUAUUGAAGGUGGCCCUCUCCAUUAUUUCUUAUGCUCUCAGUUUCCCAUGUUUAUAUUUUUUCUCUGGUUUGAAGGUUUGGAUGAGAUAUGUUUUCUUUUUGACUAGGGAGAUAGACAUACAAAGGGUUUUCCGAUCUGGUGCACUCCAUCCGCAGCCUAGAAUCUUAUGCCUGCAUGGGUCUCCAGAUGGACCAGAGCAAUAUGUUGCAGUAAUGAAUGCAAUAUUCUCAGCUCAGCGUUCCAUGGUUCCUAUAGAUUCCUGCGUUGUAGGGGCACAACAUUCAGCCUUUUUGCAACAGGCAUCAUACAUUACUGGUGGAAUUUAUCUGAAGCCCCCACAACUUGAUGGUCUAUAUCAAUAUCUCGUGACAGUCUAUGCAACGGAUUUACAAUCACGGAGCUUUCUGCAUCUUCCUAAGCCUGUAGGAGUUGACUUCCGUGCCUCGUAUGUGCUUCUCUCUGGAUUAUUCUCAUUUUACUGCACUAUCUUCCCUUAAUUAUAACUUUUCCUG